GACAGUGCUGGCCAAAACCGCUUGUUUGAGUUGCGUUUAUUAUUAUUAUGCCACAAAAACAUAAUCUGUUUUUUAUAUUCAAUGUUAAAAGUAUAUAAUAAUGUCUGAUUUAUAAAACGGAACAAGAUGUUUUAUCAUAUAUCAUUAGAACACGAAAUAUUAUUGCACCCUCGAUACUUCGGACCACAAUUAUUAGAUACUGUUAAGCAGAAACUUUAUACUGAAGUUGAGGGGACAUGUACCGGAAAGUAUGGGUUUGUAAUAGCAGUGACAACAAUAGAUAGCAUUGGGGCUGGUCUUAUUCAGCCUGGCCAAGGAUUUGUUGUAUAUCCUGUGAAGUAUAAGGCAAUUGUCUUCAGACCUUUCAAAGGAGAAGUACUUGAUGCUAUUGUGACACAAGUGAAUAAGGUGGGUAUGUUCGCUCAGAUUGGACCACUAAGCUGCUUUAUUUCCCACCAUUCAAUCCCUGCCGAUAUGGAAUUUUGUCCAAAUGUCAAUCCACCAUGCUACAAAAGUAAACAGGAAGAUAAUGUAAUUCAAGAGGAAGAUGUUAUCAGAUUAAAAAUUGUUGGAACAAGAGUUGACGCAACUGGCAUUUUCGCUAUUGGCACCUUGAUGGACGAUUAUCUAGGUUUAGUGACACAAUGAUUUUAUAAGAAUGAAUGAAAAAUAAAAGACUUAAAUCUU